ACAACGUGCUAGUUGACUGCUCGCGGAGUAUAUAUGAGUUCAGCAAGUAUGAAGCGUGAAUACUCAUAUGACAAUGAGUAUUUGUGUUCACCGUCUUCACCAUCGUCGAGUGCUGAACCAAGUUUGUAUCCGUACACAAGUUCAGGAUCAAACCAGAACUCGAUUGUUGCUAAUACGACUGCAUUUUCAUUGUCCGCACCACCGCAAUUAGUAUCACAUAAGAAAAAGGCAGGAAGAAGGAAAUUUAAAGAAACUCGGCACCCAGUAUAUAGAGGAGUAAGAGAAAGGAGAAAUGACAAAUGGGUUUGUGAAGUCAGAGAACCCAAUAGCAAAUCAAGAAUUUGGCUUGGAACAUAUCCUACUCCUGAAAUGGCAGCAAGAGCCUACGAUGUUGCUGCUUUAGCCCUUCGAGGCGAAUCGGCUCCCUUAAAUUUUGAAGAUUCUUUGUCCAUCUUACGCCGUGCUAAAUCAUCAGCUGUUGAAGAUAUCCAGUCCGCUGCUUUUGAAGCCGCUCAAAAGUUUCCACUCCCUACUAAUUCUAGACUUCCAUCGAAAAAUCCCGGUAAAAUUGUCGGAAGUUCAUCGAAGGUGACAUUUUUGGAUGAAGAAGCGUUGUUUAAUAUGCCGUCAUUUGUUGCUAGCAUGGCUGAGGGGAUGUUACUUGAUCCACCACAAGAAGAUUACUAUUACGAUGAUGACUUGGAAUGCAGCGUGGACAGUUUGUGGAGUGACUAA